UCAAUACAUUUUUCUAACUCCAAUCAUAAUAUCUAUAGUUUUUAAAUCAAAAAUUAAUAAUAAAUAUUUUGAAUACUCAUUGUCAAACAAUGUCUAGCAGUCGUUUUACUCCAAGAGGUUUUCCUAGAGUUCCGCUUCAAAAUGGUAUUGGACGUUAUAUAUGUCAAUUGAAAAGAGUCACAUUAAGAUUUUGUAAGAGCAGUGGAUCUAGUCGGGGAAUUCGUGAUUUCAUCGAAACUGAUCUAAUACAUUAUGCACAAGACCACCCAGGUACAGCUGUGUACUUGAAGCCUCGUCGUCACAAGUCUCCUUCAUUUGUUGCCGAAUAUUUAAAUGGUGAACGUGAAGUAGUCAGCUGUCACAAUUUUACUGCACAAGAAAUGAUCAAGUGGUUAAAUUUAUACACCACUCGAUCUGGUAUACCGCUUAUGAGGUAUGUCAAAAUGUGGCAUACAGAGUGCCCUUCUAUUCAAGGAGUCUGGAGUCCAUUUACAAAUAAGGACCCAGCAUUAAACAUUACACAGUUUCCAUCUAAGAUUUUAUCAAGGCCUGUAUGGGAAGAAAAGUCAGCAACAGAAGAAUUAUUAGAAAUGAUAAAUAAACAAAAAAUCAGUGAUGAAAAUAAUGAUGAUACACAGAAGGUUCAAACAGCUCAUAUGUAAAUUAGAAGUUUUCAAAAAAUUGUUAGUUACUUGAUUUAAUAAAAUACUGUCCUUCAUUUUA